UUUAAUCUGAUGAUAUUCGAUCCUGGCGUUAACGAGGUGUUAAUUAACAAAACAUCACCUUUGAGGAUCAAUAUCCAGGCCGGCCACUGAGGGGAGCGAUCCAGAGCCGUCAACACUUUUGUUGCGGCACUCACCGUAAAGGGAAAGUGUGGCUGACCACUGAAGUUCAUCUAAGGUUAAAUUGUGACGUAACACUGUCGUAUAUAAGUAUACUGACACAGCUUCCAAUAAACCAAUCGAGAACUACUUCACUUGUGCAAGUGCAGGAUAUUUUGUUUGUUUAUUUUAUAUCUGAUAAAGAAAACCUGUGAUGUCACCAAAUUAGCUGCUGGCUACCACCCAUCUUGGAAUUCGGAGCCAAUUCCCCAGGAGGACCCUUCGUUUAACAAAAUUAAAAGAAAUCGAUUUUAUGGAAUUUGCCCUUUAAAAAUCUACUAGUGAAACACUUGAAGAACCCUCUUACAAAACAACUAUCUAAGAGAACAACUAAUAUAUUUCUUUUUUUUUACCGAACUGCAUAUUGACAAAAGGCGCAUGUGACAGAAAGUCGUGGAAUAAAUUGACAAGUCUUGUACUCUAGGUCUGACAUUUAUUGAAUCUAAAGGUCUUCAGACACUUUUCGGAACAUCUUUACCGUAAAAUCUGGAUUUUAUUUAGAUCAAAGCUCUCCAACAUCUUAUUGAUCCUGGCUCAGGACCUAUAGAAAAUUAAUCGCUGGGUCUUUGAAAGGUGUCGGUAACAGUCCAAGAUAAUUCUAUUUAACGUUAAAGGAGCGGCUCUCAGGAUGUAGGUAUCAGUAACCACGGAAUCAGAGCAACCUGAUAAAAUGUCCAGCACACGGAAGACAAAUGAGAUGGAGACUCUGUCUGUCAAUACUGUGGUCACGGAUUUAAUGACGAUUAAUAUGAAUAAAACAGAAAAGGACAGCUUAUUUCCGUGUGGAUCUAACACCACACAGUGGACACUGACGGACCCCGUCUGUUCAUUAAAUUUUCACUCCUUUGUCUCAUUCGUUUUUGUGGCUGCUUUGUUAUCCAUAAUCACUUUUUUCACAAUUUUUGGGAACGGAUUAGUAUGGGUGGCGUUGUACCGGUUCCCGAAAUUACGAUCCAUGUCCAACUGUUUAAUUGGAAACCUUGCUAUGAGUGAUAUGCUGCUGGCUUUAACAGUGUUACCUAUUUCAAUCGGAAAUGACCUUCUAGGAUACUGGGUAUUCGGUGAAAUAAUGUGUCCAAUAUGGUUAUGUAUCGAUGUGUUAUACUGUACCGCCUCGAUAUGGGGAUUAGUGACCAUUGCCGUUGACCGUUAUACGGCCACUGUUUACCCCGUGUGGUACUUUGAGCGUCGUUCGCCACUGAGAGCACUGAUUUAUAUUAUUAUGGUUUGGUUUUUCUCUAUAAUUGUGUCCAUUGCCCCCUUUAUUGGAUGGCGAGACAUGAUUCCAAAUCUUUACAAAUUCAAUAUAGACACAAAGAGAUACGAGUGUGUGCUGUUCGAGACAGAAGGAUAUGUUGUUUAUUCCGCAAUGGGGUCUUUUGUGAUACCAGCGAUCUUGAUGCUCUUUUUGUACUUCAGAAUUUUUGUUAUCUUACGAAAGCGAAUGAAGACAAUGCAAUUGAAAAAGGAAAAAUUUAAAAUCAAUUUGAACAUGAUAGAUCAAGACUAUGACAGCUGUCCAUUACAAGAAGAAAACAGUCAAAUUGACCUGAGCGGCACACCAAUCACUCAAGUCAAAAUGUCUGACAAAGCAACUCAAAUCAGCCCAGUAACAAAGAAGCAAUAUACAAGCUUGCCUAUCGGCAAUUCCAGUAUGUCAAAACCAAAUGUCCUCCAUGAGGACAGUGGGAGAAAAACUAACGAGAAGGGAGAUUACAGUGAUUGUAUUUUACCAGACGUCAUCUGUAAAAGUCAAACCGAGGAGGGGACAGAAGACGAAAAACAACCAUGUUUACUUGAUGUAAAUGUUAACAAAACUAUCCAAGGCAUAACGUGUGAUUGUACCCAGAAAACAGGGGAAACCCAAGAGAAAGAACAAUUGAAAAACACAAACAGUGACGUUUCCAAACGACCAUCGAAGAAAAGGAUCUCAAUAACAUUUAAAAAACGAAAUUCCAAAUCUAAACAUAUUCAAGGAAUAAAGACCAAAUACGAAUUACGAGAGCAGAGAGCAACGAAGCGCAUGGCGAUAGUGAUGGGGUGUUUCCUGUUUUGCUGGUUCCCCUUCCUUUUUAUGUAUCUUAUACGAAGUUUCUGUGUCACGUGUUACAUAAACGUACACAUCCAAGCCUCCAUUAUUUGGCUGGGUUAUGUCAACUCCAGCAUAAACCCCGUGUUGUACACACUAUUUAAUGACGAUUUUAGGCAGGCAUUCAAGAUCAUUCUAGGUUUAGAAAAAGAACAUCCUCAAAGAAAUAGGCUAUGAAAUGAUAGUAAAAUGGAGCCUUGGUUACAGAUACCACAGUCUUUCAGUGAAUUUUGAGAUUAACUAUAACGUUGAAUAUUUAUAGAAUAUGUCAGUGUUUUGCGUAUAUCCAUCGUCAGAAUUUUGAUGUAACUACC